AAGCUGCGCUUUGUUGAAUUUUAAUUCAGUUUGCAAACGUUACUCGCAGUGAAUGGUUAGAAUUGGUACUGUGUUCUGCAACAUAUUUAAUUUACAGAUGCUCGCAAAACGAUAAGAAGCACCGAGUGAAAAUUUACACGCGUUUCAAAACAACGCUCAACAAACUUUGUAAUACUCGUGCGACAGUAUUAAUAACGUCAUUAUGUUAUUACGUAAAGCAUACUUUGCAUUGCUGUCGUUCAGCUUGUGCAUCCUAAUGCACUUAACUGCCAGCGAACAUUGUUCGAAAUUAGAGAAUGCAAGUACGGUGCUGCAGACAAAUCGAGCACAAUUCCUCAGCAUUGCGGAUGGCGCAGAGAAAUUUGGUUUGGAACUUUUUACGGAGAUAUCCAGUCUAGCGGGAGAUAAUGACUUUGUCUUUUCACCAUUUUCCGUAUGGGCGCUUUUACUGUUGUUGGUGGAAGCCGCAUCGCAGAAUACAUUGCACGAGUUGAACACAGCGCUACACUUAAAUGUGGAACCUAAGGUGCUACGUCAGGCAUUCAAUGUGGUGCAGCAAUUUUUGUUGCGUAAAACACCGACAAUACAAGUGGAGAGUUUACAAGCAAUGUACUAUGACACUUACGAGAAGGUCACUGACGAUUACAAAGCUACACUAACAACUUGUUACAAUGCCAGAGUGCAAAAUUUGAAUUUCAGCGAUACGCAAACAUCGUUAAAUUUCAUUAACAAUGCCAUAAACACAGAAACCAAGGGACUCAUAAAGGAUGCCUUCGAUGAAUAUGUUGUAGAAGGCACUAAAUUACUACUAACAUCCACGCUGUAUUUCAAAGGACAAUGGCAAUCGCCAUUCAACAAAAGUGAGACACGCACAGAAACCUUCUAUGAUAUGAAUGGCAAGCCGGUGGGUGAGGUUGAGAUGAUGUUCCAAAUGACACCCUUCAACUACACUCGAAUGGUGGAGCUGCAAGCGCACGUACUCGAAUUACCUUACGGCAAUGAAAAUCGCUUGUGUAUGCUGGCUAUACUACCGAAUAAAGGCAUCUCCGUCAAUCAAGUGGUGCAUAAUUUGCAAAAAAUCGGUGUACGGCCGAUAUUCAAUAAACUGGAGGAGGACGAUUUAGCUUUCGGUGAGCAAGAAGUUGAGGUGUAUUUGCCACGUUUCGAGACAACAGUCACAUUACCGCUAAGAGGCUCACUAGAAAAAUUGGGCAUAAAGAGUAUUUUCAAUCCGAAAACUGUAGACCUCGACGCGUUGGCCAACAGUUUGUACGUGAAGGACGUCAUGCAAAGCACUAAAAUAAUUGUAAAUGAAGAGGGCACUGAAGCAGCUGCAGUCACCGCCGCCAUUUUGGCUAAUAAAAUUUCGCCACCGAAAUUCUACUUCAAUCGUCCGUUCUUAUAUUUGAUUGCGGAAAAGGGUUCCAAUAUGUUAUUAUUCGCCGGGCAAAUUUCGUCACCGACUUUGCCACAAAAAAAUUAAAA